AUGACCCCGGUGACACCUGGAAAAGGCCGUGCCUUGAAGCGCCCCUGCCCUACUGACGACAAUCCGUCGGAUUCGGAAGAGGAAGAACACCGUCAAACAAGACCCGUUUGCAAGCAAUGCAAUAAUGCUGUCUACCGCGCUCAACCUCUCCGUCUCGCUUUGCACUCGUCGACACACCUCGCCUUUCGACCCUGGGAGUGUUCUGUUUGCGCAUGUACUAUGACUCAGAAAGGCAGUCUGCAAAAGCAUCUGAACGAGCAACAUCAAGGAACCGGCCGGGUCAUCGAUAACCGCACUGCCGAAUACUACGAUGCGCUCGAGGCGCAGACGAAAGCCAACUUUCCAGCUCACUCAAGUGGUAUCGCUCAAUAUAUUGGAGGACAAAAGGAGGCAUUGGGAUUUCAAGAUGCAUCUGAUCAUGAUGAUGACAAUGCGCAAACCCGCCGAAAAAUCUUCAGCUGCAGGGAAUGCAGUCAUUCGAUUGUCUCGACUGGAACUAGGAAUCUGGCGCAGCACUCGUGGAAACACCUCGCCUUCCGGCCCUGGAAGUGUUCUGUUUGCGCUUGUACGAUGACUCGGGAAGAACACCUGCAAAAGCAUCUGAACGAGCAGCAUCAAGGAAAUGGCCGGAUCCUCGAUAAUCGCACUGCUGAGUACUAUGAUGCCCUCAAAGCAAAGAUGCAAGCCAACUUUCCUGAUCGCGCAAGGACUAUCGCCAAGUACAUUGGAGGACAAAGGCACGUAUCGAGAAUUCAGGAGGUAUCCGAUGGCGAGGAUGACACUCCACAAGACAACCCACCAAUUGUUCAUCUCUCAGCUCCUGGCGACAAAAGUCUCGACAUUCAGGGAAACGUGCAGAAAGGUCCAGUAGCCACAUCGUCAAAUGCUGGUAUGGUGAAGCAAGAAGUGGUGCCGGAUGCUGUUCCACGACGAUCCAAAGAGAAACCGACUCACCGAACGAUGGCCGAUACUCAACGCGAAGUUAAGCAAGAGCUACUAGAUGUCGAAAAUUAUUCAUUUGAUUUUGAUGUCGUAAUGGACGGAAGUGAGGCGGAUGCUCAUGCUGAUGCUCAUGCUCCGUCCCGCCACCAAAACGAGCAAAAUGUCCGGAAUGGUGACAAAGACCAACCAUUCUCGCCUACCCUUCAUCCAAUCGUUGCCAAAGAAGAACUUCUAGAUGGAAAUCCAACCGAAGAGCCGAGACGAAUCGAUAAGAAGAAGAAGAAGGUGAACAGAGGCCAGGAGGACUGGGCAGCCGAGGCGAAUUCGGCCUUCUCCCCUCCGUCAAGAGUAGCUGUCGUACAACCACGCAUCGAGCCCGUGCCCCAAAUCGACACUGACCACAGCAUCGACAAGCGCGUCGAAGAGACCAUUAUGACAAUGAGGCUGGGCGGUGCGAAGAUUUCCUCGGACUUGGCGAGAAUGCGGGCUGCCAUGAGGGAGACGAAAUCUGACGUGGCUCGCAUGCAAACCAACAUGGCACUCCUGGAAACUCUCUCGGAAACGCGGAAUGCCGAAAAUCGCCGUCUGAAGCAGCAGCACGACCAGCAAGCCGCCCAGCUGAAGAUGCUCAGGGAAGAAAUUACGGCGCUGAAGGAGCGCAUCCGCAAUGGC